AUGAGACCUUUGAAGGUCUCGCUAAGAAAAUUUAAUAAUGAUUAUUCCAUUUUUCAUCCAAAAUAUAAAUUAACCCAUUAUUCACUUAACAGAUUAGUUUACCUGUCAUUAAGUCCCGAAUAUAAAAAGUUAUAUUUUAAUAAAUUUAUAUCGCAUGAAGCUAUAAAAUUUACUCCAAACGACCUCAAAGACUUGAAUAGAGAAAUGUAUGAUAAAUCAAUUUCAAUAAUUAGAAACUCAAAUGUUAUUUUUUGCACAAAGAAAACAUCAUUAAGCUAUUUAAUGGAUGCUUUUAAUUUUGACACAGUUAUUGUCGAUGAUGCAAAUCUUUUUUUAGAAUCAGAAAUAAUUGGUUUAAUUAGCAAAAAAUGUUCAAGAUUAAUCCUAAUUGGAGACGAUAAACAAUUGAGUCCUAGAGGAUAUGAAAAUUCAUUUUUUUCCAAAUGUAUUCGAAAAAAUAAGAGAAAUGUUAUUCAGCUAGAUCAACAGUAUCGAAUGCAUCCAUCGAUUCUUGAUUUUUCCAACAAAUACAUCUAUGGUAAUAAACCUUCAAUUGAUAAUUUUAAUGAAAUCCAAACCAAAGAAAAAUUCAAAGAAAAAUUCAAAGAUAAAUCAGGGUUUCCGUGGAGAUCUGAAAGUGAAAGAGUUAUGUUUAUAAACAAUCAUAAAGACUCAAUUGUAGUUGAUAACUGCUUUAUCAAUACUGAAGAAGCAAAUGAAAUUGUAAAACUAGUGAAUUUUUUAAUAAGUGAUAAUAAAGUUAAUCCCGAAGAUAUUGGAAUAAUCACGCCAUAUAUGGCUCAAAAGUUUUAUAUCAAGCAUAAACUAAUCCAUGAUAAAGAAUUGAAUUACAAGCUAGCUUUAGGCUAUUAUUCAAGAAUUCACGAAUUUCUUUAUAAAUUGGGUUUGAAAAAUUUUGAUGAAAUAGACAAGUAUUGUGAAACGUACGGAAUUGAUGACUUUCAAAAAUACAACAAAUUUCAUGAAAUCAUUAAAGUGUAUAAUAAAAUCAAAGAUUAUACAUUAAGUUCUAGGUAUAAAGGAAUUUCUAGGGGAUUGGUGGCGAGCAAACACGAAAACCUUGAGCAGUUAUUUAUCAAAUAUUACCAGAAAGUGGUAAAAAAUCAAAAAUCGCCUAUUGAAGAAUUUUAUGGAUUGGAAAUUUCAUCAAUUCACGAUUUUUUAGGAAAACAAAAAAAAUAUAUCAUUUUAUCCACAGUUAAAUCUGAAGUUGCCAGACUGAAUCUGGGAGAAAUAGAUAUCAAUGAAUUAGAAAAAAAUAAAAAAAAUGGAUAUUUCUAUGAUAUUGGUAGGUUUGUGGUGUCAACGACACGAGCAUCUCAUGGAUUGUUCAUUUUGGGACACUCUGACCAUUUGAGAAAUUUGGGUAUCUGGACCAACUAUAUAGAGUAUUUGGAGAAUAAGCAUUGUAUUUGCAACUUCGAUGAUUUGAAACCAUUGAUAUAA